CUUCAAUUAGGCUGUGCGGCAAUUUUCCUGGUUUUUAUUUUUCUUAAAGAAAGCUUAAAUGGCUCCAUUGAAGCUCUAUCAUUUUCCUAUCAGCAUCCCCUCGCGAGUGGCCUUACUGGCCAUCCGGAACCUUAAUCUUGAUGUUGAGAUUAUAGAAUUAGAUCUUAUGAACAAAGCUCAACUAUCCCCGGAAUUUCUUAAGAUUAACCCUCAACACACUGUUCCAACUCUUGAUGAUGAUGGCUUCAUUCUGUGGGAAUCACGAGCUAUUGCAAUGUAUUUGGUGAACUCAAAAGCUCCCGGAAGUACUCUUUAUCCUACUGAUCCCAAGGUCAGAGCAAUUGUGGACUCUCGCUUGUUCUUCGAUGGAACAUACUUGCAUCCAAAGGCUAAAGAAAUCAUUUACCCAAUUUGGACAUUGGGCGUGAAGGAGAUCGAUGAAAGCAAGAAGCAAGCCCUCUAUCAGGCUUUUGAUUACAUGAAUACCUUUCUGGAGGGAAAGGAAUGGUUCGCAGCAGAUCAUCCAACAAUCGCUGAUUUGGCGCUCUUGGUUUCCUUCUCGUCUUAUUUUCACGCUGGAGCGAAUGUAAGCAAGUACACGAACUUAUUGGCUUGGUACAAACGUUGUGAGUCCUUGCCAGGAUUUGAGGAGAAUGAGGCUGGAGCUAAAACUUAUGGACAAGUACUAAAAGGAAUGCUAGGAAUCACCGGCACCUGGGAUUAGUCAAGUCAAGAGAUUUGAGAUUAUUGUUUUUUUUUAUAAUAAAAUAUUGCUUUAAGUAAA